ACCAUCAGUACGGCAACAAUUACGUAUACACUGAUAUUGCGGUCAAAGAAUGUUGAAAAACAUGAAGUGAGAGCUGUGAAAAGUGCGAAAGAGGAAUGUCUUCGAUUUGGUUGAUCAUCUGCAUGCUGAUCUUGUUCCCACUGAGGUCACAGUGUACUCUACGGGCAUGGAGUACAGAAAAUUGUCCGCGUGUAGUAAAAAGUUGUCGUCCGGACUCGGGAGAUGAAGAUACCAAAGCAUAUUUGUGUGAUCAUACCGGGUGUCAUCUUAGAGUAGCUGUAAUACUACCAAAUAAUACUAAUUAUAUAGUAAAUGCUCCAGAGGCGUUGUUGGCGUUACAACAAGUUGAAGAUCACGCUAGACGGAAUAAUUUCUUACCCAGUAGACUAAAUGUCACUUAUAAAAUCUUUGAUGAUCAAUGUGAGCAAGCCCACGCAACUAUCGGAACCGUGGAUGCUUACAGCCAAUUCUCAGCACAUGUUAUUUUCGGCCCUAUUUGCGAUUACAGCUUAGCAAGUACUGGAAGGAUAGUAAAGUUCCUUGGAAGUCAUGGAACACCACUUAUUACAGCAGGAGGAUUUUCUUUUGACUUUGUCUCCGAGAAAACAAGCUGCGACAAAGAAUUCUUCAUGCUUAUUAAUGCAGGCAUCGCCGACUAUCAAUCUUUCAGCGAAUUCUUUUAUUUAAUACUUGAAAGAUAUAAAUGGAAGCAAAUAGCGUUAAUGUACGAAAAAUACGACCAAAAUGAAGUAGGAGGCGACCAAAGUUGUCAACUUUUAAUGAAAACAGUCAUCGGCGUAGUAAAAAACGAAAUCCCUGAUGUAAACUACCACGACGGUGAUAUUUACCUCCAGAAAAUCACAUACGAAGAGUACCUCACUAAAACAGUGGGCACUCAAUUCGGAAUUAUUGUAAUGUGUAUGAGCCAUGCCAACACCCGAAAAGUACUCAUUGAAGCGGAGAAAUUAGGAAUGACCGGAAGUGGAGAAUAUGUCUUUCUAAACUUUGACAUGUACAACAAUGGCUCUCAACCUUGGUACAACGCUAGUGAUGACGAUGUUACUAAUGAACGAGCAAAAAGGGCUUAUAGGUCAUUAUUAACUUUUACUCCAAUGAUUGAAGCACAAAAUGCGCUGCAGCAAACAAAAAACUCAGAAAAAGAGGAAAAAGAGGACGAAAAGGGGAUUAUUUUGUCAAAACCAGGUGAAGCUUAUCUGGAUGGAAUAUAUGACGGCUUUCUAUUAUAUUUAUCAGCGAUUAAGAACUUUUUAUCAGUAGAAGACUGGAAUGAGCUGUCUUUAAGAGGUGUAGAUGUCGUUAGUAACAUGUACGGAAGGCGUUUCACAGGAAAACGCGGAGAAGAGGUUAUAAUGAAUUGUAAUGGCCAAAGAGUUGCUAGUUAUGCAUUAUUACAACUUGGAGAUGACGAUAAAUUAGAUAUAGUUGCAAAUUAUAGCACAUUGAAUAAACGCAUGCAUUUUAUUAAGAAUAUUAAAUGGGUAGCUGGCAGACCACCACCGGAUACUCCAGAAUGUGGCUAUGAUGACUCAAAAUGUGCAGUAAACGUGCAAUUAUGGAUAAUUAUCUGCAUCAUGUGUCUCCUCGUGACAGUUUUUGCAUUCGGAUACAGAAUGUAUAAAAAAUACCAAGCAGAAUUAGACCUGGCUGCCGAUAACUGGAUGAUUCACAGUCAUGAAUUGGCGCAGACUCAACAACCACGCAUGUCUGUAAAACCGCCGGAAAUGGAAAAUCAUACACAAUCGUUCAUCUCACAGAGAAACGAUAACAAAGGAUAUGAAGUAGCUCAGUUUAACAUGAAUGAUGUGAUUGUGAAAUAUUUUCAUCCGCCGACAAAGAUUGAGUUGGAUAGAAAUCGGCGUGUGAGACUGAAAAGAAUGCGAGAUCUUUCACAUCCGAGUUUGGUAAAGUUCUACGGAGCUUGUUUGGAACUCGACCACACUUGUUUGAUCACUGAGCAUUGCCAGCGCGGGUCACUUUUGGAUGUUCUGAAGGAUGAAGGGAUUGUUUUUGAUGCAGUGUUCCAACUUUCGCUUACAAAUGAUAUUGUCUUAGGCAUGCACUACUUGCAUAGCAAUGAUAUUACGCAUGGAGCGUUAAAAUCGACGAAUUGUUUGAUCGACAGCCAUUUUGGCGUUAAACUCGCAGAUUUCGGUCUUGAUUUUAUCAGGAUGUAUGGGAAAGUGCCUAGUGAUGAAGAGGAAAGAUGUAAAAAAUUACUUUGGACUUCACCGGAAAUUUUGAGGUUAAAAGUGGCGCCGCAACCCGAUUUGGUAAAGAAAGGUGAUGUCUACUCGUUUGGAAUUAUUCUGCAUGAAAUUAUCGAACGGAAAGGACCGUUUUACCUUCGAGAAGCUUUUACUGCUAAAGAAAUAGUUGACAAAGUAAAAAUGCGUCCCGACCAAGAACCUCUACGCCCCCAUCUUGGUGCAGAAGAUAAAGAUAACAAACUCACUGAUCUCAUGAAAGAGUGCUGGGCGGAGGAUGCUGAGCAACGACCCGAUUUCGGCAAGCUCAAAAACAUGAUACGCGAAUUAAACCGAAACAACAAAGGUAACCUAGUGGAUAAUCUCCUCAAUCGUAUGGAACUCUACGCCAAUAACCUAGAAGCACUCGUAAUGGACCGCACCAAUGAUUUCCUCAGCGAGAAGAAAAAAUGUGAAGAUUUACUCUAUCAACUCCUCCCGAAGAGUGUCGCAUCACAAUUGAUCAGUGGUCAGACAGUGAUUGCGGAAACUUUCGACCAGGUCACGAUUUGUUUCAGUGAUAUUGUAGAAUUCACCAAGUUGUCAGCAGCUAGCACGCCACUGGAAGUUGUUGAUCUCCUCAAUGACCUCUACACGACCUUCGAUGAGGUCAUAGGGGAUUUUAAUGUUUACAAGGUGGAAACAAUAGGCGACGCCUAUCUGGUAGUUUCCGGUCUUCCGGAACGUAACGAAAAUCGACACGCGGCGGAAAUCGCACGAAUGUCCUUAAAACUAAUGGAGACUGUUAAAGAAUUCAAAAUCCGCCAUAGACCAAAUGAUCCACUUAAACUACGCAUAGGAAUGCAUACAGGGUCUUGCGUUGCGGGUGUGGUGGGGUUAAAAAUGCCGCGGUACUGUUUGUUCGGUGAUACGGUUAAUACUGCCUCACGUAUGGAGUCUAAUGGGUUGCCGCUUAAGAUCCACGUUAGUGCGGAUACGAAAAAAGUCCUGGAUGAAUCCUCUCCCGCCGGGUUUCAGUUGGAGUGUCGUGGGGAGAUCGAUAUCAAGGGUAAAGGUAAAAUGACGACAUAUUGGUUGAUCCGAGAAGUUCCUACACAACCCAAGGCAAAAUCACACCCACAAUCACAACCGAAAAUAGUCAGGACCAAUGGGGCGGCAACACUACCACCACUAAAAUCAACAUCAACAUCCACAUCCACUUCAGUGACUUUACGAUCUCCCACACGGAAUGGUACGGCUAAACCCACGGCAAUGGUGAGCAUCAAACACCCUGCGGAGGAGAAUAUCCCUUUACUGCAGAUGCCAGUCAAGCCGCCGGUCUAGGCGGGUGGUAAGUAGCAAUUACACCAAUUACCUACGCACGUGCGGCGCCGAUUCGAAAUUGGACCUAGAACUGGGACCCUAACCUACAACCAAACCCUCACAUACACAUAAACUAAACUAAACUUACUAAAUGAACAAAUUGUUGUUAGAUAAGCGGAUAAAUAUUUAUAAACUAGUAUUAGUUGUUAUAUGUACAAACAAAUAAUAUAUAAACAUAUUUACUUUGCGAA